AUGGCUUCCGCCGCCUCCGACCGCAACAAAGCAUCUACCAACUGCGGGAAAUUACGCGCGACCAACCGCGAAGAACAAGACAAGAUCGCUACCUCGAACCAGCUCAGCUCGCCGCUCCUGCGUCUUCCCAGCGAGAUUCGUACUACGAUCUACAUACACGUCUGUCUUUCUACUACCGUCAACCACGGUCAUCCUGCAAAUGGUUUCAAAGAAGGCUGUGCCUUCACCCAGACUUUCCUACUUAUCUGCCACCAAUUCUACGCUGAGGCCGUCAAACUCAUGUACAGUCUCGCGACAUUCGACUUGUCUAGGUUGUCGUGUCUUAAGAGUCUCCACCCGGAGCAUCGCCAUCUCAUCACCUCGAUGCAGAUCAGUUCUCAGUUUGCGAAAGAAGUGAUGGUUACGAUUUAUAAGGGCAAGGUCGAGGAAGUACUUGGAGAUCAUAGCCCUGCAAAGCGUCUGCUUGGUCUAGAGAGACUCCACUCAAACACUUUCUCGAACUCACUGCCACCUCGCCUCUCGUCUUCCCAUUGGCCUCAACUGCUAAUACUUCCGCACACUGAAAUUUCCCUCUUCCAAAAUUCACUCGCGUUCAUCCUCACGACUACGGAUCAAUUCGUCAACACCAUAGCUGAAAAUCGACUCACGUUCAUCCUCACGACUACAGUUCCUUCCAACGAAAUUAUGGCUGAGAAGAACAAGAAUCCCGCGGCCCGAAACGUCGAAGCGAUGCAAUUAAGCGGCGCUCACAUAUUCCUCCACGCUAACAAUGAUAGUACACGCAGCAACCAGCUUAACUCGCCUCUACUGCGCCUCCCAGCCGAGCUUCGCAACAGAAUCUACCAUUUCACCUUGGACACGAAUGAAGUAGUUCUCGAACCACUUGGCAUCAGGGACCCACCAUACUAUCAUUGUCCCUCUCCGACACCUUAUCCACUGGUUGUAGCAUAA